AUCAAACUUCAACAAAGUAAGACCUGAAACUUUGAACUAAAUUCAAAAUUAAAUAGUAGUCCACUUUUAAUUAUGGUUCAGGUUACCGAGGACAUUUUCGGGAUUGCGACCAAUCCGUUUACGAAGAAGGCGCAGGUUGUUCGUCGCUAUACGAUGAGCAACGCCAAUAACCUUUCGGUUUCCAUAAUCCAACUAGGCGCCACGAUCCAGAGUAUUAAGGUCCCAGAUGCCUAUCACCAGGUGUCGGAUGUGGUCCUCGGAUUCGAAGAUGUGGCUGGUUACGUCAAGUACAGGAAUUACAAGUUCGGAUGCACGCUUGGAAGAGUCACGGAUGUGGUGGGAAACGGAGAGUUCUUCAUGGACGAACGAAGGAUCAUUGUGUCAAAGAAUCUCGGCCAGAAACAUCACAUUGAUGGCGGCUUUGUGGGCUUCGAUCAGGUCAUUUGGGACCUGUAUAUGACACGACCGGAUGGUGUUACAUUGCGGCAUGUGUCGCAGAAUGGACACGAGGGUUUUCCCGGCACCUUGGACGUAAUGAUUCACUUCACCAUCGACGAUGACAACCUGUUCUUCAUCCGCAUCGAAGCCACUACCGACCAGACUACCCCUGUCAACCUAUCCAAUCACAUUUACUUCAAUCUAGCUGGCCAAUGUACCGGUAAGAAAGGUAUUUUUGAACAUCGCAUCACCAUGGAUGCUGUGGAAACGAUGGAUACUUCUGAUGAUGGACUUCCCACGGGACGAUUUAAUAGCGAUUCCGUAUACGAUAUCCGUUUACCAGUUCUCAUUGGCGAUCGAGUGCGUCAGUUUGAGAAGAGAUCCAGCAAGGGUUACAAUGUAUGCUAUGCCCUCGAUAAGGAGUUCGAUUCCAAUACAACCCGCUAUGUGGCCAGAUUUAUGCAUCCGCAAUCGGGUAGAUCCAUGAAGAUCUUGAGCAACCAACCGAGUGUGAAGUUUGCCACCGCCAACGAUUUUCCCCAGGAACCGCUCGGUGAGGAACCGAUUUUGGGCAAAAACUGCACUCGCUAUUGGCAGCAUAGUGGUUUUAGUGUCCAAUUGCUAAACUAUCCGGAUGCAGUUAAUCAGCCUGAUUUUCAAAUCUUCAUCAAUCCAAAGGAGCACUAUUUACACGAAACUAUCUAUCAAUUUGGUAUUCAGGAAUCGUGGAAAUGUUGCGCCGAACCCGAAGAACUGGAGGCCCUGGGCGAAGAGCCAAUGCGGGGGCUUUAAAUUUGAAUGCCGCUGUCUAGGAAACCUGUUUGAGAAGCGCAGAGAAGAGUCCUCCAAAAGUUCCAUGAGCGGCCUAUUCAUUGCGAUUGAUAAUAGAAAUUUAUGGGACAAGUUUCAUAAAGUAGUAUGUAACU